AUGGCGUGGCGCAAUGUCUCCAGCUUUCGACAGCGGGCCCGUAAUGCGGAACAGAUCACACAACAGCUUAAGACGGAGAUCACUCAAAAGCUCGUGAAGCGAACCUAUGACCAGAUGAGUGCUUUUGACGACCAUGUGCGCGCUGUGAAGGAGAAGGCUGCGCGUGAGGAGGCAGAGGAGGAGGCUGAGCUUAUCCGGCUUAGCGAAGGUUGGGCUCGCGCGCGGGCCGUCCAGUUUGAACGCCUUAUUCAAGCGGACACCGCGAGCGAGGUUAGCAGCACAAAAAGUGCAACUGGGAGCAUGUCGAGAUAUCGCAGCGAUUCUGUGCUGCCGGCGCAUGUUCGCCUCGACAACUCUGAGAUACUCCAUGCUCAGCGUCCGCCGUCCCCUCUGCAUGUCCACGACUAUGGUGGAAUCUCAGUACGGCCUCGCUCCUAUCAGCAGCAGGUCCGGAAUAGACACGGUGGACCGACCCGCCCUGCCUAUCGGCAGGAGUUUUGUGGCGUCUACUUUCCAGGCCCCGACUGCAAGCAGGGUCCAUAUGGUACAAGCAUGAUCGAGCCCUGCCUCAUGCCACCGAGAUGCUGGGUAAAGGGCUCGGAGCCGCCGCACCGGCAUCCCAAAGAUGCAGCAGAUCUGAGACCCAGGACAGCGGAGGGCCGGGAUCGACCAGUCCGAAAGGGAAAGGCCGACGCAGUGAUCCAGCAGCACAGGCAGCAGACCAAGUCCAGGGUGCCCACAAACAAUGCGCACCGCAGCUGCACCCAGCACCGAGCACAUUGCGUCCGAAAGCGAGACCAGGAAAGAUUCGUCGAGGCUGUCCGCUUUGAGCAAGGUCACUUCGAAGGUCGCUUCGCUGACCCGCUCAUCAAAAACUCUGGAUAUCCGAACGACGAGAUGCUCAACGAAACUCACGCGAUUGGAGCAGAGGAUUCGACACCAGAUGGCUCCCCACAACUGGCUUGGGGGCUGGAGGCCGGCGAGACUUAUGAGGCCAUGGCGACCCACAUCUUCCUCGGCCUCCACCAGGCAAUGCGCGAGCACCAUGCCCGACUGCCUCACCUUUUUAAGCCGGUGAACCGCGGUGUGCCAGGUGUUCUCGAGCCCGCCGAGUUUCUGGAGGGCCUGCAGCGACUCCGCAUCGUGGAGAAGGGGCAGGUGUCUAUCCAGCAGCUCCUGGAAGUAAUGUACGAGCUGGAUCCGGAUUUCGAUGGGCGGAUCAUUUUGUCCCACGUUCGAAAAUGCAUAGCAGCCACGAGAGCAUUGGUGAAUGCAAGCCAACCUGGCGCCUCCGAGAACGACCUUACGAACCUGCUGCCUGCGGACGCCUACUGCCAAAGAGUUCCCGUCCAGAGAGUUGUGGUAGAGCGUCAGCCAAAGUCUAUUUGGGAUUUCGAGCGCUCCUAUGAAAAGUUUCGCAAUCAGCAGCAUGAGCUGCUGAUCAUACACAACGAACGAGACUCGAAAGUUUCACCUGACAUGUCAUAG